UAUUAACAUUUUACGUGGUCCGUAAUCGCCGUUUCGUCGUCGAUCGUUUCGGUUUCGUUGCUAUCGUUCUCAUCAAAAGUCGACGCACACACGUUCCUGCGCCGAACCGACUACGUUUUGCCUGUCCGUGGUCGACCGAAAACUGUGUACGCAAAUCCGAAAACGUGAAAAAUCCAGUCUUGUCAAACGGUAUCUUUGAGAACCUUCGUUCAAACAAAUCUACACAAUUUUAACAUGCCUGCCGAUAAGAAAAGUUUCAGGCGGUUGCCCAAAAAUGUAAAGCCUGUGUUGUACGAUUUGUGGUUAAAGCCAGACUUGCAGAAAUUCACAUUUGAAGGCAAAGAAACUGUUUCACUUCACGUAGUCGAACCGACAAAGGAAAUUGUUUUACAUGCUUUGGACUUGAAAAUCGAUGAUGCUCAACUCGUAGACAGUAACGGAACAAUUUACAAACCGUCUAUUAGUCUAUCUUCUGAAGAUGAGACGCUUACAUUGAACUUUAAAGAUGAGCUAAAAACUGGUGAAGCGUUGUUAAAGUUUACAUUUAUUGGUGAACUAAACGACAAAAUGAAAGGAUUUUAUCGUAGCAAAUAUGUUAAAAAAACUGAUAUCGGCCAACUGGUCAAUUGUUUUGCUGCGGUCACAAUGUUGUGUACAACACAUGCGCGUAGAAUGUUCCCUUGUUGGGAUGAACCUGCUUUGAAGGCUAUGUUCGAUAUAUCUAUAGUCGUGUGUUACACAUCCCACCGAGCUUUAACUAAUAUGCCAGUGAUUUCGGAAGUGGUAGAAGAUAAUGGUGACCGUUUGCUGAAAUUCCAAAGAACACCAGUUAUGUCGACAUACUUGGUAGCUGUAGUGGUUGGUGAAUUUGACUAUGUGGAAGACAAAGAUUCUGACGGUGUUUUAGUUAGAGUAUACACGCCGGUUGGUAAAAGCGAACAAGGAAAAUUUGCUUUGGAAGUAGCUAAAAACGCAUUACCGUACUACAAAGAUUACUUUCAAGUGGCUUAUCCUCUUCCGAAAAUGGAUUUAAUUGCUAUAGCCGACUUUUCCUCGGGUGCUAUGGAAAAUUGGGGUCUAGUAACUUACAGAGAAUCUUGUCUUUUGGUUGACCCGGCCAACACCUCUGCAGUUCGCAAACAGUGGAUUGCUUUGGUCGUCGGACACGAAUUAGCUCACCAAUGGUUCGGAAACUUGGUGACAAUGGAAUGGUGGACACAUUUAUGGUUAAACGAAGGGUAUGCAUCCUUCGUGGAGUUUUUAUGUGUUGAACAUCUGUUUCCCGAGUAUGAUAUUUGGACACAAUUUGUGACAGACACAUACAUAAGGGCUUUGGAGUUAGACGCUCUACACAACAGUCACCCUAUUGAAAUCCCGGUGGGCCAUCCUUCUGAAAUUGAUGAAAUUUUUGAUGAUAUUUCAUAUAAUAAAGGCGCUUCAGUUAUAAGAAUGUUGCACAAUUUUAUCGGUGAUGAAGAUUUUCGGAAAGGAAUGAAUAUAUACUUGAACAGACACCAGUACAGCAAUACGUUUACUGAAGAUCUUUGGGCAGCGUUGGAAGAAGCCAGUAAUAAACCAGUGAAGGCGGUAAUGUCGACUUGGACUUUGCAAAAAGGAUUCCCGGUUAUCACGGUGGAGAAAGAAAUUGAAAACCCUGACGGUUCCCGUGUACUUACGGUAUCUCAGACGAAAUUCACAGCUAACGGACAAAUUGAUAAUGAUUCUUCUUUGUGGAUGGUUCCACUAACAUUUACCACGUCAAGAAAUCCUGCCAUUGUAUGCCAUAAAGACAUAAUGUCUGAAAAUAAAAAAAAUAUAACAAUACCAGCUGGCACAAUUGCUCCCGGCGAAUGGAUCAAAGUAAAUCCCAGCACUGUUGGUUAUUACAGAACCCGUUAUACGCCUCAACUGUUAAGAAAUUUUGUACCGUCCAUAUCUUCGAAAACGUUGCCUCCGCUCGAUCGAUUAGGUCUUCUGGAUGAUCUGUUUGCUCUUGUGCAAGCCGGUCUUUCUAGGACUGACGAAGUAUUGGAGUUGAUGUUAGCUAUGACUGAUGAAGAUAACUACUCUGUUUGGUCAACAAUGAGCAAUGUGCUUGGAAAAUUGGCUAUAUUAUUAUCCAAUGUAGAAGGAGAAACCGACCAACUAUUCAAACAGUACAACAGAAUUCUUUUAAAAAAGAUUGCAGAAAAGUUAGGAUGGAAUCCAAAACCGAAAGAAAGUCAUCUUGAAACAAUGUUAAGAGGUCUGGUUAUAGCAAGACUGGUGUCCAGUGCCGAUCCAGAGACCAUAGCUGAGGCUAAAGUUAAGUUUACCAAUCACCUUAGUGGAAAAGAAACUAUUGUCGCCGAUUUGAGAAGUCCUAUUUACAAAGCUUGUUUAUCGACUGGUGACGAGACCACUUUUAAUCAAUUAUUGCAGCUUUACAGAGGAACAGAUUUGCACGAAGAAAAGGAUAGAAUAUGUAGAGCAAUGGGAGCUUCUAAAAACAAGGAUAUACUGAAAAAAGUUCUCGAUUUUGCAAUGUCGGAUGAAGUUCGUUCGCAAGAUACCGUUUUUGUAAUAAUUUCUGUUGGUGCUUCGAAAAUUGGAAGAGACUUAGCUUGGCAGUUCAUCCAAGAUAAUUGGACCAAGUUAUUUAAUCAAUAUCAGGGUGGUUUCUUGUUGACACGUUUGGUGAAAAAUACGACUGAAAAUUUUGCAUCGGAAGAAAAAGCCGAAGAAGUGGAGAAUUUCUUUAAAGAAAAUGGUUGCAUGGGCGCGGAAAGAACAAUCCAACAAGCUUGCGAAACCAUUAGAUUAAACGCGGCGUGGCUGAAAAGAGAUCAUGAUCAGCUGCGUACAUUUCUUGAAAAAACUGUGAAAUGAAUAUCAUUGUAAACUUAAAUUUGCUCAAAAUCAGUGCCAGUGAGUUAAGAAUAAUUAACUUAUAUUUUUAAGUUUUUUAUUAUAAAGACUUACAAUUAAUGUUAAAGAGACACGUCUCUAUAUUUACUCGUCAUAAAUUUUGUAAAAAAAUUCUGCUACACUAGUAUUUUCUAUUAUUUUUAUUAUAAAUGUGGUAUAUUGAUAAACAACUUCAUACUUAAAUGUCGUGUUAAACACGUAAUAAAAGUGUUAACUGAAUAACUAUUUUCAAAAAUAAUAAAGAAAUACGGCUAGCUAAAAAAAAUAGUAAAUGCAAUCAACUAUUUGUACUAAUCGCGUUGUUAAAAUAAAAAUUAUCUAUUUAACGCUCUAUAUAUUAUAUUUUUUAUAUAUAUUUCUACUAUUAUUUAGUUUUUUGUUAAUAUCUUGCAUAAGUCCUUAAAAUGGUUUAUGUUUUGUUGUCACAUUAAGCGAUAAUAUUAUUGUAUUUUGAAACGUUUAAACUAUUAUUUAGAUA